GAAGUAAGCUUCAGUCGGCCGGUGAACUUGCGUGCCGGGUCUUCACAAUCGGUCACCGGAAGUUAACGCGUCCUCCAUAUAGACGCUUCCGUCCGAGUGGUUAAGCCCAAUUGAGUGCUAAGUGCUAUUUUACUUGACCUAUGGAGUUUAUUGUUGUUGUUGUUUUUAUUAAAUGAGGAUAUUUUACACUUUUUAUUCAGUCCAAAUUUCGCUGACAAAAUAUCAAUUUUUUAGUUGUCAAUAAUGCCAUCAAUAACUUUUUAUACCUUGGAAUCAUUUUGGUUCUCUUUAUAGUGCAGAAUUAUCGGAUGUCAUCGACAAUAUUUUUGUUAUGUGAAAUUACCGGUUAAAUCAUCACGACAGUAAGAUAAAAAGGAAAUUUUAUUAAGUUGUAGCAUUGACUAUUCUGCAAAAUCCAAUCGCUAAAACGUCCGGUUAUUUGUAUAAUUAUAAAUCAACCCCAAUGUUAUUCGAUUGAGUAGUCAAGGAGCUUGAUUACUCAAGCUUUAUCAGGGCAAUUAUGCUUAAACAACUGUAAUGAAAUUGCAAUUAGAGUACACAUGAUUAACUUGAAUUUUUUUACUUUGGUGAUUGAUAGUAAUUUUAUCGAAUCAAUGAUCAUGCUCUAAUUUUUUAAAUAGUUAUGUUAAUAGGUGUGGAAAAGCUAAGCUAGAUCAAAGGUAAUCUACAAAAAUUUAGUUUAAUUUCAUUGAUGUAAGAUUCAGUUAGAAUAAAUAGUAAAAUAGACACUUUAUAUUAAAAACAAUUAACAGUAUUAACUAGCAACAAAUAGCUCUGUGAUUUUUACCGAAAUCAGAAAUUUAUUCAGUGAUCAUGAACAACAGCACAAUCUUCGCUACUUCGAUUCUGUAAUUGGAAAUUAAAGUGAAUACUAGUGUAGAAAAAUUAUCCAAUUUUUCUGGCUAUUUUGUGAAUAAGCAAAUCGGUGUACAUAAUUAAAUAAACAAAUAGUGAUUGGGAUGAUUAAAAUGGAAGCAUUUGAAUAUAAAACUGCAAUAAAUUGUUGAUGUUAAGAAAAUAACUGGACAGGAUGAUAGUACUAAAGGAUGUUUUCUCAAUUAACCGGCACAAAGAAACAACAAUUAUUCAACGGAUGUGCCAAUAAUGCGACUAAUGAUGGUUGACAUGGUCUAGAAAUUGACAUCAGUGUUCGUAGAAUGUACAUGGUAGUGACGAAAAAUGAAGACAGUAAAACGCUCAAAUAACUGAUUUGGAAAUCAUCACUGUUCAAAAAAAUCGACAAUUUGAAAGAUUAAAAAUAUUGUUCACAUAUGGAUGAUAUAAAUUGUACCGCGAACAUGUUAAUUGCCGAAAAUGCGAAGAGCAGGCAAUGGAUUGAAACUGGAUUUGACAGAACACACACCAGGUAGCUCAUCAUCACGGUUACCUAAUUUGGUGGAACAUGCGGAGAGUAGCACCUGUCAGGGAAUUACCGGUAUAGCCGGUGAAAAUUUGAACAGUAAACUGCCAAACGUCGUUGAAGGCUCCAUGGACUAUGGUAACGAGCGGCGGUCCUCCCGUUACCUGGAUUAUGAUCCCAAGUGCUUCCAAGAGAGUCAAACAGCUGGAGGUUACAUUGACAGUAGUGAUGGAGCCGCGACUACCAAUGAUGUCAGCUACGGUGAUAGAAGUUAUUUAGCUCGGAGCUACGACAGAAAUUUAUCGGACGCAGGUUAUGAUAGGGACAAUGUAGAUCGAUACAAUAGUAGACUUUAUCCAGACGAAAGCGUAAGAUAUGACAGAACAGCAGAUCGGUCUUAUCAGGAGUCUGAUUUGGACGCUCCUUACGAAAAAAAGGAUAACCAAAAGCUUAGAAUUUACAAUCAGGAUUCUCACGAUAUUGGAAGAAGGUAUUCUCGAGAUCUGGGGAAUUACGAAUACUCGUCUCGAUAUGCUGAAGAAACCCUUAAGCUCGAGCCGAAAAAAGACCAUUGUCAUCUUACUGAUAAAAUAUAUGAGCCGGUGAAUAAAGUUUACGGCAGCAUAGGAAAAAGUGGAUACGAAUCGGGGGUAAAAACUCGGGAAUCAUCUUAUGAGCUCGGUACUUGCAGUAAUUCGGAAAUAGUUGGCAGACUCAAAUACGAGAGCAAAUAUGAUUCUAGUGCUAAAGUUUAUGGUACUCUACCUAGAUAUGAAUCAUCCGGGAAAAGUUAUGAUGGCUACGAUACAGCCGGAAGGUCUUAUGAAUCAAAAUACGAUGAUGGAACUUACGAUUCCGGAACCAAGGGAUUUCAAUCUUCAACGUCUAAGUAUGAACUUAGCACUUGCAAAAGCUAUAUUCACGAGAGAUCAAAGUACGAGCCUGUUGCUCGGUAUCAAGAUACAUCCGUUAAAUCCUAUGAUCAGACUUUGAAAAUAAGUGAAUUGGGCACCAGUUCGAAUGUGUAUCAAAGGAAACAGAAUUCCGAAUCUACCGCUGCUGUAACGUCAACUUCGGAGAAAAUCAAUGGAUAUAAGAAAAAUAACUUUGAAGCAUAUGGAGUCUACUCUGAUCCAGAGGAUGAUCACGGGUUUAUUUCUGAAAAGAAAACAACUCCCUAUACGUACAAAGGAGUUGUGGUAAAUGCUACCGGAGAAUCCAGCGUGGUGGAUCAAAAAAAGGCUAAAGAUCCCCAACAAACAACAGUUACCUCGAGUCCUUGGUGUAGACCCACCAUUUUACUGCUUCUUCUUGUACUUCUUAUUGUAAUUUUCGUUCUCAUUGCUGGGAUAUUGUUGUAUUUUAAUUAUAUGUCCUAUAAACCACGACAUCCGGUAAUUGAGGGUAAGGAUCAAAGUUUCGCCAGUAAUAACGUGGAACCAUGCGAGAAAACGUAUUGUGCCUGGGGUGCAGUUUGUGUUGUAUCUGAUAAUGGAAUAGCUACUUGCCAGUGUCCUUCAAACUGUCCAAAAACUCUUGAACAUGUGUGCGGUACUGAUGACGUUACAUAUUUAAAUCAAUGUCUUCUGCGUCAGACUAGUUGCCGUGAUCGAAAGAACACGCGGGUAAAACAUCAAGGUGUUUGUGAAAUCAAGGAUCCUUGCCGCAAUCUAAAUUGUUCGCUUGGCUCUCAAUGUGUUAGGAGCAGAGAUGGUACUGAAGUGAAAUGUGAAUGCCUCAAGAGUUGUCCAAAUCUCGGCGAUCACGAGGGAUCUGGACCAGUUUGUGGUACUGAUGGAGUCGAUUACCCAAAUGUUUGUGAUCUCAACCGUUUAGCUUGUACCAACAAUGUUAAUGUCACCGUUGCUUUUCGUGGCAAAUGCGAUCCUUGUAGCACUGUCGAGUGCUCAGAACCAGAGGUCUGUCAACUGGACGCUUCACGACAGCCUGCCUGUCAUUGUGGCGAGCAAUGUGGUCUUGAGUUCUCACCAGUAUGUGGUAGUAACGGCAAGACUUACUCUAAUGAAUGCAGCCUUAGACAGGAAUCUUGCAGAUCUAGAUUACCCCUGAGAAAAAUCUACAAUGGUGUCUGCAGUUCUGGUAUCAAUCCAUGCGAUGGUGCCAAAUGUAGUGAAGUCGAGCAGUGUGCAAUCGACCGUUAUGGCAUCACGAAAUGUGAAUGCGGGCCAGAAUGUGAGCCCGUAAUGAAGCCAGUCUGCGCCAGAGGCGGUACUACAUACAAAUCUCUCUGCGAGCUCAAAAGACAUGCUUGCCUAACUAAGAGUAACAUUGAGGUCGCAUAUACGGGUACCUGCGGAUCUCAAGGAGCAUGUUCUGAAAAGAUUUGUCAGUGGGGAGCAAUCUGUGCGGAGAGUGGGGACACUGCUAUCUGUGAGUGUCCUACGUGUACUGUAGAAUUCAAUCCGGUGUGCGGUGACGACGGAAUCAGCUAUGGAAACGAAUGUAAACUUAGAUUGGAGGCUUGUCAACAUCGUAGAGAGAUCAAAGUACUUUAUCAGGGUCUUUGCAAUGGCUGCGAGAAUAAGAAGUGUGAGCAUUAUGGAAAAUGCGAAAGCGACAGCUCCGGUGAAGCCAGAUGUGUCUGUCCGACCAACUGUGGGGAUUUGGAAAAAAACAGCAGCUCGGCUCGCAAAGUAUGUGGAAGUGAUGGAACAACUUACGCCAAUGAAUGUACUUUGAAAAAAACUUCAUGUUUAACUCAAACUGUAAUAACUGUAGCAUUUGAGGGAGACUGCAAGUUAUGCACAAAUGUUGAAUGUGCAAAUGGAGCUCGAUGUUCGGCAGGGGAAUGUAUUUGUCCAGAAAGUUGUCCAGAGCCAAAAGACGAGCCUGUAUGUGGUACAGACGCAAAGACUUAUUCCUCAGAGUGUGAGCUGCAGCGUGCUGCAUGCGACCGAGAUAAAGCAAAACUUGCUGCUUUACACGUCGCUUUUCAUGGUGAAUGUGGCGAGAAGUUUGCUGUCGCUGCUCUAACAACUAUGUCUACACCUUCAGUAACUCGACUGUCAACUGCAGUUACGGAAGUCACUAGCGCUCAAGAGAUGUGCAAAGAUAUACAUUGCGAUUUUGAAGCAACUUGUGAACUUGGACCUGACAGGUUUCCGAGGUGCAGUUGCAAGUUUGAUUGUGCCUCGAUACGCCCUGAAAAUAUGCUACCCGUUUGUGGCAGUGAUCUCAAAAUUUAUUCCUCUAUCUGCGCAAUGAAGAUGGAAGCCUGUCAACGCCAACAAGAGUUACGAUUACGACCGCUAGACCUUUGUCAAGGCAUGGAAGUUAAGCCAUGCAACGGCGAUACUCCCUUAGUAGAUGAUGAAGGAAAAGAAUACGACUGUGGAAGUGGUGCUAAUCGACGAGAUUGCCCGAGCAACAGUUAUUGUCAUCAAACGCCCCGGUUCGCUCGCUGCUGUAAAAAAAAUGAAGGUAUUCAGGUUGUCGAAUGUAUGGAUUCAUGGCACGGUUGCUGUCCCGACGGCAAAACCGCUGCUCUUGGUCCUGACAAUGCCGGGUGCCCUAGUUUGUGUAAUUGCAACAAAUUGGGCAGCAUUUCAGAUACUUGUAACCCUGAAUCUGGUCAGUGUGAAUGCAAGCCUGGUGUAGGUGGUCUUAAAUGUGACCGUUGUAUGCCAGGAUAUUGGGGCUUACCGAAAAUUAGUGAAGGACAUCAAGGAUGCAUUCCUUGUGGCUGCUCUCUUUUCGGAUCAGUUAGAGAAGAUUGCGAGCAAAUGACCGGACGAUGCGUUUGCAAGCCAGAAAUCCAGGGACAAAAAUGCACUAUUUGCACAGACCACACUAAAAUACUCACACCAUCUGGGUGUUAUUCAGUGGACGCGAACCCUAUGAUUGCAACAAAUUGUAACGAGCUCGAAUGUUACUCUGGUGGGCAUUGUUCAGAGAUUGGUAGUCUUCAUUGUGAGUGCCCAUCAGUAUGCCCAGCAGAUUUACCGACAGUACCAGUUUGCGGAAGUGAUGGACAAACGUAUGACAACGAGUGUGAAUUGCGACUAUAUGCCUGUCGUCAUCAGGCAGACGUUGUGACUCAAGCCUUCGGGCACUGCAGAGACUAUCCCACGGUGAACACGGAUUUUCCAGUGAAAAGAUUUACAGCUGUCCAAUACACUCAACCAGCAGCAGCUAUAUCACCAUUGUCAAAGUCAACUAGGCAUCUUCUUGGUCCAGAGCCAGACCAACGUUAUUAUUACACUCAUCGCGCUCAACAAGAAACGAUUACAAUUGAUCGUGAUAAUUUUAAACAUGGUGUAGCUGCUGCAUCACGACCUACUCCAGCAACAAUUCGAGUCGUUACAGCACUUCUUGGUGAUCUCUGUUCAAACGAUAAAGACUGCUCGAUUCCCAAUAGCGAGUGUUUGAAUGGACGCUGUAUUUGCUCUAAUGGAUUUGCCGAAACAAGUGAUCGUCAGGAAUGCUUUGCAAAUUACAUAUCAGUAACACCUUCAGAAGAAGUUCGUGCUUGUGUUUCAAAUCCAUGUCAUUCAUCUUCAACUUGCAUCGAUUUACCAAGUUCAACAUUCCUUUGCAUUUGUAAUCCUAAUUACAAAGGUUUGCUUUGUGAUGAAGAAAUAAACAAACGGGAAUACGAUGUUCCAUCAUUCGACGGUAAAAGUUAUGUCAGAAUGAGUCGACUAAAAGCAUAUCAUAAAUUCAGCAUUGAAGUUGAGUUUAAAACUUAUGCAGAUAACGGUAUAAUUCUCUACAACCAACAGAAAAAUGACGGUAGCGGAGAUUUUGUUUCACUCGCCAUUGUUGAUGGAUACGUACAAUUCCGAUAUAACCUUGGAAAUGGGCCAGUAAUAUUGACAUCACCGGAGAGAGUUACCAUGAAAAACUUUCAUCGCAUAACAGCUAAAAGAUACCACAAGGACGGUGUUUUAAUUUUUAACGACGGGGAAGAUAUCGCUGGUCAGAGCCAAGGGAUACUUAAAUCAUUAGAUCUUAAUCAAGAUACAUUUAUUGGUAACAUGCCAACAAAUUACAGCCGAGUAUACGACAACAUUGGGACCAAUAAAGGAUUUUUAGGUUGCAUUCGCAAGCUUAAGAUCAACCGAUUUACAGUUGAUCUUCAUCUGGGAAAAGAUAAAGACGUUCUAGAAACUUACCGCGUUAAACAGUGUAACGAAAAUGCUUGUGCUAAUCUGCCCUGUAAAAAUGGUGCUACCUGUCAGCCGAUAUUCGAAGAAGAUCUUUGCAAUAACAGAGAGUGUAAAUCUAAAACAAAGCGAAGUAAAACAAAGAGAAAACGAAAUUACAAUGACGGAAUUCAAUUUGUCAAGUGUAAGGGCUCUCACUGCAACAAUGAUUCUAAGUCUCAAAGUACCAACAAACAGAAGAUAAAAAGGUCGAAAAAAUAUUCGAAAAAACGAUGCGCAACUUUGGAUUGCAACUACGAUUACGAAUUAGAUUAUGACUCUUCUUAUGAGCACGAUAAUUAUCCGGUAACGACCUACAAACCACCAACAUACAAAUGUAUUUGCCCGCCUCAGUUUACAGGUGCAAACUGUGAAGAGUCAUUGGACCCUUGUUUGGGCGAGCCUUGUCAAAAUGGCGGGACUUGUGAUAUCUUACCGCAAGGGGGUUAUGUUUGCAAGUGCCCACCUGGGAGAACAGGAGAACAUUGUGAAAUUUUAGACGGAGAAUUAACAGAAUUUUUAAUCCCACAAUUUAAUGCCGAUGGGUUCCUUGAACUUCCCUGCCUUGAAGGAGUCUCAAAGGCAUUUUCAAUAGAAAUAUGGUUUCUUACAAGAGCUACAGAUGGCCUAAUACUCUACAAUGGGCAACUUAACAAUGGCCGGGGAGAUUUUAUUAGUCUUAACUUAGCUAAUGGCAAAUUGGAGUUUAAAUUUAAUCUAGGCAGUGGUAUAGCUAAUAUAACAUCUCCCGAUCCCGUGAGUCUUAAUACUUGGCAUUGUGUUAGAAUCAGUAGACUUGGUAGAGAAGGUCUUCUGCAGUUAGAUGAAGGCACUAUUGCACGAGGCUUUUCUGGUAGUCCUCUCACUGAAUUGAAUUUAGAGAUGCCUCUUUACAUUGGUGGCGUUAAACACUGGCGAGAAAUUCAUCGUCUGGAAAGUGCCUGGACUGGGCUUACAGGCGCAAUACAAAGAUUAAUGGUCAAUGGUAAGACUUACCAGAAUCUAGCAGUUAAUUUCACUCAACACAAUACUGAAAUCUAUGAUGGGUUACCUUGUCCUGCUGAUGGCAAUCCCUGUCAUAACGGCGGAGUCUGUUUGCCAUUAUUAAAUAGUUAUCUUUGUAAGUGCGCAACUAGUUACAAUGGGCUUCACUGUGAAUUCUUCAUGGGAUACGACGUUUCUGGCGGCGAAAUAUCAGAACGACCCGUCAGAUUUGAUGGCGACAAUUUUCUUCAGUUUAAGCAUCGUUACGGAAGAAGCUCUAACAAUACUUUAACAACUAACACUUCUCUUUUGGAAUAUUAUGAUGAUUCUUACUCUGAUUACGAAUUUGAAGAGGAUAGUGAUUUCGAGUAUGAAAAUUAUGAUUAUACUGAAUACAAAGGACAACAAUCGAAUAAAUUUGAGCUAAGCUUACGUACCGUACAUCCAGAUGGAAUGAUAGCAUGGAUUGGCCGAGGAAAAAUAGAGAACCUUGUAUUAUCUUUACAGGACGGAUUUGUUGUAUUCACCUAUAAAGGGAAAAAUGAUCAAGUGUCUAUAAAAAGUCGAAAAAAAGUUAACGAUGGUAUUUUUCAUCACAUUAAAGCCGCACGUCGGCGAAAAGCAACGGUAAUCCAGGUUGAUGACGAAAUUCCCAUAAAAGUUGCCACGGAAAUCUCUCUCCUAACAACCAAUGGGAAAUUAUUUGUUGGCGGAAAGCCUGGCCAUAAAGGAAUCAAGGGUUGCGUGACUGACUUUAUCGUUGAUAAAAGAAGACUGCCUUUGGCAAGACGAAAGAUCGAAUUUUGCCAUGAUAAUGACGUGUGAUAGUGUACUACCGAUUUUAUCGAUAUUCACAGCAUCGCAAACUCUAUAUUGAGAAUGUUAGAUUAGUAAUAAUAAUAACAAUAAUAAUAAUAUUAUAA